AUGACAGUACUUGUAAGCUGGCUCCCUCAGUACCAUGACAUGGGACUUAUUGGAGGACUUUUCACAAGUCUAGUGAGUGGUGGAUCUGCAGUUUUAUUUUCUCCAACAGCAUUUAUCAGGAAUCCUGUCUUAUGGCUAGAGACCAUGAGCAAAUACCGGGCGACUCAUUGUGCUGGCCCCAACUUUGCUUUUAAACUCAUUGUGAGAAGAUUGGAGUCUGAAAAGUAUAAACUACAGAAUAUCAACUUGUCCUCCAUAGUUUUCCUCAUGGUCGCUGCUGAACCAGUGAGGGCAAAAACACUAAGACGAUUCAUCGAGUUAACUAGGCCUUUUGGCUUUUCCCAAGAGGCGCUUGCUCCUGGAUAUGGCUUGGCAGAAAAUUGUGUGUAUGUAAGCAGUGCAUUUGGAGAAGGAAAACCAAUCCUGGUAGAUUGGCAAGGAAGAGUUUGUUGUGGUAAUGCUGAUCCAAAUGAUCCAGAUGUUGACAUCAGAAUUGUUAAUCCAGAUACCGGUAAAGAACAUGAAAAGCCUGAAAAGGAAGGGGAGAUAUGGAUUAGUAGUUCGAGUGCGGGAAUUGGGUACUGGGGCAUGGAAGAGUUGACCCAGAAGACCUUCAGGAAUGAGUUUCAGAAUCACAUUGGGAAGAAGUACACAAGAACCGGAGACCUUGGAUGGAUUAUUGAAGGAAAUUUAUUUAUCACUGGAAGAAUAAAAGAUCUUAUUAUUGUUGCUGGAAGAAAUGUGUACUCAUCAGACAUUGAAAAGGCAAUUGAGUGUUCAUCUAAGGUUCUACGCCCAGGAUGUUGCGCUAUGAUUGGUGUUCCAGAAGAUAUUCUACUAGCAAAAGGUAUAGCAGUUCCUGAAAGUUCUGACCAGGUUGGAUUGGUUGUGAUUGCAGAAGUUCGUGAAGGUAAGGCUGUUGGUAAGGAAGUUAUUGAACUGAUUCAAACCCGUGUUGCUGAAGAACACGGUUUAGCUAUUGCUUCUGUUGUGCUGAUCCAACCACGAACCAUUUGUAAGACCACAUCAGGAAAGAUCAAGAGAUUUGAAUGUCUCAAGCAGUUUAUUGAUGGGACUUUGAAUGUGAUAGAGCAGCCAGUUCUUACAGGAAGAUUGUCAGACCCAUUUAUGAGAAAAGCAUGCCAACCUCAGGUCACAAGCAAUUCUGUUUCUAGUAAUCCUAAUAUUUCUAGAAAAGAAAUUAUGGAUUUCCUGAAGAGUUUACUCUCAGAGCAGACAGGAAUUGCUUUUCUAAAUAUUUCCAUCACCGAGAGCCUAGUAUCCUAUGGUAUAGAUUCGAUUGGUGUGGUUCGGGCAGCUCAAAAACUUUCUGAUUUCCUUGGAGUUCCAGUUGGGGCAAUUGACAUCUUCACAGCUACUUGCAUUGAAGAUUUGGCAAAUUUUGCAGAGAAUCUCCUAAAAAAGACUUAA